AUGUCCCAUUCAUCAGGGUUUAGCACUCCGAGUUCUCCGUUCAUUGCGAAUCCGCAAGACGACGGCACUUCGCGUUUGAAGAAGAAGCUGGCCUCCUUGGAUUAUCAGCACGGCCAGUUGAAGGAUCUGUUUGAGAUCGAGAGGACAAGAAACUUGACAAGAACAAAGGAUCUGGAACGAGAUCUGGAGUCCAAGAGUCGUGCUUACGACGCAAAUGUUAGUGAUCUGAAAUUUGUUCAUGACGAGAACGUUCAGCUGAAGGAGCAAUUGAGGCUGAUGAGCCAGCAAUUGCAGUCUUCGAACCAGGAGAACGAGUAUUUGCGGUCGGAACUGGGUACCAAGACUGGUUUGUUAGAUAAACAUCUGCAGGAGUUCCAGGAGAUUGAGAAACAUCUGGAGGAGGUUGUUGCUUUGAAGGAUCAAGAAUUGCGUUACAAGAACGAAGAGUAUAGGAGUUACAAAGAGGCCCAGACUCGGGAGCUGGAAAUCAAGACGGCGCGGAUCGGCGAGCUUGGAGAGCAGCUUAGGCUGAAAGACGUGCAGAUUUCUGAGCUGACGGACCGCAACUUGCGUUCGGACGAGUCGAAUGCGCGCAAACUGUACGAGAAGGAGUGCAACAGCCAGCUGGAGUACAUUCGGGAGCUGGAGAAGAAGAACUUGGAACUGAGCAACAAGCUGCGCGAGCACCAGUCGCGUCACGAGAAUUUGCAGAUUCUGAAGCACGAGAAAGACUCGAUGAUGGUGAAACUGGCCAAUUUGCAGAAACUGGACCUGCAACGACAGCAGCUUGUUGUAGAGCACGACAAGUUGGCCAGGAAGGUGGAACGGUGGACCGACAAUGAAAAGCAGUGUUCUGAGUUACGCACUUUGAACCAAGAGUUGCAGACGAGGCUCGAGUUUGCGAGCCAAGAAACGACGCAGACAAAACAAGAUUACGUUGCAUUACAAUCCAAACUUAUAGAGUCCAACAACAAGUACAAUGAGCUGAAGAGUCAGCUGGCACAGAAAGAUACAGAAACAAGAAAGCACGAGAACAACAUCAAACUGCUUCAGCAGGAGAUUGUGUUUUUGAAAGACCGUCUGGACAACGUGACGGAAGCAAACACCAAGAGAGGUAUUGGGUUGCAAAACACCGAGAGGUUUGAUAAACUGGUUGGUCUUCUGGACAGCUACAAGCAGCAACUCCAGCAAUUGAAGCAAGAGACGACUGGUCAGAAGAGAAGACGAACGAGCGAGGUGGAGAAGCCGGUUGUUCGAGAACGGGUUUUAGAAUUGCGCGACAACCCUGCUUCCAACCACGAAAGAGUGACACGCAAGAUGAUUACCAGUCUACGCGAGGAAAACGAGCAAUUGAAGGCUGUCAAGCUGAACGACGAGAACCAGGUCCCACGGGCUGUUUACGAACGGCUGGGAGCAGAGCUGGAGCAAGCACAGCAGGAGAUCAGGAACCUGACAAAACGGAUGAAACGGCUGCGGGAGAUGUUCAGCUCAAAAGCGGCGCGGUUCAACGAAAUCAUCCACCUGCUUCUCGGGUACAAGAUCGAGAUGCUGAGCGACACCAAGCUGAAGAUGUACCCAAAAUUUAACAAUGCCAGUUUUAUCCAGGUGGAUCUGAGUCGGAGCGGCACGGAAAACGGACGGGUGUUGGACGAAAACGGAAUCCGAGUGAAAUUGCCGUCGCAAGGGGGUUUUGAGAAAGUAGAUGUUGACAACCUGAUUCGGUUUUGGGUGCUGGAGAAGCAAGAGCCGUGUUGUUUUUUCAAUUCUCUGAAUCUGGAGUUGUAUGACAAGGCACCGGCCGGAGUGUGGGGAAGAAACACGGGGUGA